GUGUGAACUAUAUUCCUCAAGUUUAUAUACUGUCUAGAUGGACAAAGCUAAGGCUGCUAUUUUGCAAAAUGUCAAUCCUCCUUUUACUCAAGGAACAGAUGUUAUGUGUGGGAAAAUAGUUAAAGAUUCUGUUUGGAGAGUGCAAAUGACGAGGAAGUUCAAUGCUAUAUUGGCUGCAAGUGCUGGUAUACCUGAAGCUAGGCAAGUAUGUGAGGAAGGGUAUAAAUCUAUCAAACACUCUUUAGAUAUUCAAAAAAGUGUUUCUUGUAUGAAUGAAUUUGGUUCUGCUCCAAGGACAAUACUUGAUCCUCCACGUUCUCGCCCUAAAGGUGAGCGAAACAAAAGAAAUAGAACCACUGUUGAAAAACAGUGCAAAAUAGUCAAAGUUUGACGUUCUAAAUCUCAAAAUGUUGCCAGUAAUUCAAAAGAAGUUGCACAAUCUGUUGUUCAGGACACUGUCAGUUCUAUGGUUCCACAAGGUUAUCUUGUUCAUCCGGUUGGAGGAAUGCCUACUUUGAUGACUGUGUUUGGAUCUCCACAAGUUU